AUGUUCCUAUACUAUAAACCUCGGCUGCGUUUACCCCGCAUUGAUGGUGGGACUUUACCCCGUCCAAAUGAGGAUCUUUUUUCAUUCAUUGAACGUCGCGAUGCUCAAAGGCUCCGAGCCAUCUCUUCUGAGACUGCUGUUGAACGUCAAUCUCGUCUUUCACGUGAAAAAAAUGCAGAGAAGGAUAGAGCACCGGGCAGAAAAGGCGCUCGUGUGUACUACUGGGAUCUGGUCGAAGGAGUGAGGGUGCGGACAGCAGUAGGAAGGAACAACUACGAAGAUAUCUGGGAGAGAUAUGGUUCGCGCCAGCGGCGUUAUGAUUCGGUUGCAGACGAAUGGGAAGUUUGCACGGACUUGGAUCCUGAAGACGGUCCUGACUACAGUUUUGACGAUGAUGAUGACGACUCGGACUGUUUCAUUUCAGUACAGACUCACAUGAAUGAGGAAACAGGGUUUCGUGAGGACAUUGAGGAUGUCGCCUAUUAUAGAUUUGGGUUUCUCAAACAACCUCCGCCCGAUAAUCGCGGCGUUGUACUCAAAUCACAGGUCUGGAACAAGGUAUUGGGUCUGAUUGGAUGUGGUCGUUCCCCACCAUCUCCUGGACCAGAUGAUUACAUCAAACUUCAACUGUGUAACUUCAUCACCCGACUAAUGGAUGCAGUUGAUGUACGAAAUGCACCCGAAGUGUAUGACCUGGCUGUUCGGAAUAGUCUCAUGAGGCCUCCGGUUCCCUUCGAAGUCGAUGUAUUAUCCUCAUUCAAUGGUCAUUAUUUUUUGAUACAAGCUCAGGGUGCCACAGAUCAUGAACCAUACUUGAUCGCUUUACGCAGUGCCGCCACUGUUAUGGAGAUAGCUCGUCGGGAGUGGGGUCCAAAGACUGAAGAUAUCAUUACAUGUCUGAUUGAGCAUGGGAUGCCCUUCAACACACUCAUGGCUAGCUAUCCUCCUCGCAAAUACCGGGCCAUCCCCUGUCGUCGACCUGCUAUGUUGGGCCUGCGACCUGCUACAUUCGAACCAACACUACAAGAUUACUGUGCUUAUGAGAUUCUUCGUGAUGAUUUCCUGCGCUCAGCUAGAGGUCGUGCAGCACUCCUUGCUGGAGGUAUCAUUUCCCGAUUAGCUCGAGAAGUGGUUGAUGUAAAUGAUGUCUGCGAUGGGCCUACUGGACAUGCUUUGCAAGAAGGGGAGUAUUCACUGUGUGUUUGGGAGAUGGGUCAAAAUCGAGCAUUUUGGGAUGACCAACUCACUAAUGAAGAAAUGGAUCUCAUAUGUGGGUCAUACGAGGUUGUAACAGGUACGUGCUUGUCUUUGUUCGAGAAUUUUUUGUAUAAGGUCUCCUCCAGGUUUAGUUUCAAAGGAUGGCAUAGAGCAGACCGCAAUUCGAUCAUGGUGGCCCCGUUCAGGUUCCUGGAGAUCCUGCGGCCUUAA